CAGGUCCACAACGCGUGAGAAAUUUAACUAAAAUAUUUUUCUCCAACGGGCAGACAGAUUUGGAUAACAUCGACAAAGAAAAUGUAACAAUCUAGACAGUUAAUUAGAAAACGGAAGUUUUAUCAUGAUGUAAUCAUUGUCAAGUCUUUUGUCCGUGACUUUUUGGACACAGCUAGUAAGGAACCACCCCGCACAUCCAGAAACAAUGUGGAGGACCUGGUUGAUGUUGUCCUGUUUGCUAUUACUUGAUCGCCCGCUAGGUGUAGCUGGGCACGGAUUUUUGAGGGACCCCCCGGGACGGUCCUCAAUGUGGCUCUUUGGAUACGAUUCGCCUCCCAACUAUCAACACAUGGAACUGUUCUGCGGCGGUUUUCCCACCCAUUGGUGGAUCAAUAAUGGAAAAUGUGGCGUGUGCGGCGAUCCUUAUGACGCUCCGCGGGAAAACGAGCCACCGAACGGCAAAUACGCCCGGGGAAUCAUCACCAAAUCGUACGUCUCCGGGUCCAUCAUGCAGGCAACUGUUCACGUCACUGCCAGUCAUAAGGGCUAUUUCGAGUUCCGGCUCUGUCCACACAAUGACCGGAAGGUUACGGUCUUUCAGGAUUGCCUGGACCAGAACUUACUGAAGGAUCCGGUAACCAUGGGAACCAAAUUUUUCGUGGACGACAAGAGUGUGGGUAUAUACUUCAUAGAACUUCAGCUUCCACCAGGAAUCAUAUGUGACGCAUGCGUGCUGCAGUGGCGAUAUAGAACAGGAAACCGUUGGGGUUGUUUCAAUAACGACUUCACGAAAGGUCCAUGUGGACUCGGAUUUGGACCCCAGGAAGAGUUUUACGCAUGCUCCGACAUCCAAAUUGUCGGAAACGGGACUUCAUCUCAAACAACAACACUUUCUUCAAGAUCUACUUCUGUAUCCCACUCCACCAACAAAUUCACCAUGACAACUAAUGUGACGUCAUCUUCAAGUCCUGUUACAUCCCCAACAAGUCCCACAACGUCUUCUGAACCUGAGACUGUUAGAUCCACCACCAUGUCAGCAAUAAGUCCCAUGACGUCAUCUAGUCCCGUACCUACAUCAUCUACAACCCAAAGUCCCAUAACCACCACUGAUCCUACUCCAACUGUACAGAUUGUAUGUAAGGCUGUAGGACCUUGGAAAAACUUCCUACCAAUGGACAACUGGUGCCGCGUUAAUUGCGCGCGCAAUUACUGCCCUCCAACCCACUGUAUGUGUGGUCGGGAAGACCAACUUAGUGUUGACAACGGAAUCAUGAAUUCCGGUAAAACAUGUGUAUCCCUCCGCCCAAACACGGGUUGGGAUCUGUGGUGUGAACACAACUGUCCUAUGGGACUAUGUUACCCCUCCAUGUGUAGGUGUGGAAGUAUAACUUUAUCUAAGAUGAUAGAACACAACCUAGGAAGCUGAUGGUUAAAGACGGAGGCAAUGAGCAUAGAUAACAUCAAUUUAUAGAAAAUGUUG